AGCUUACAUAUUCGCCAUUUCCAAAAAACAAAGCAACAUUUACCACCCAUGGACACGCCCGACUUAUUUUCCGGCCGGUCUCCGUCUCCGAGGAAGGAGCUCCAAGGCCCCCGGCCCGCCCCCCUCAAAGUCCGCAAAGACUCCCACAAAAUCCGGAAACCACCGGCCGUCCAGCCCCACGCGCCACCGCAGCCGGUGAUAAUCUACACCGUCUCCCCCAAAAUCAUCCAUGCAAACCCUAGCGACUUCAUGUCGCUAGUUCAACGCUUGACCGGCCCCAACGCCACGUCCCCGGCCGCCCGUUUUGCCUCCAUCGAGCGGACCAAGUCGCCCGACGUCAGAAAAAAGGUCGAGAUAGAUUCGAUCAUUAGAAAAAACGGGAUUUUAUCGCCAAAUCCAAAUGCUCUUCCUCAAAUCCAUCCGAUUUUCUUCAAUUUCUCGACGGAUAAUGCUUAUUUGACCUACAAUCGCAAGAGGAACUGCAGGGAAGGUAACCGUAGGGAUUGAAUGGAUUCUGGUUUCGGACUUUGCUACGUUACUCCUUAAUUCAAUGACCAUGAAUCAAUGUGAGGUUCAUGGCUGUCUUUAGUAAGUGGGUGUGCUAUUUAAUUCAUUACUAUUGAUUCUCUUUUAUAAUUGAAAAUUUAGUUGUGUGGGCCUUUUUAGGUUUUAGGUUCAAAUAGUUGGUUUUUGGUUUACGUUGAUUGUAUUUGUAGACUUGUAGUAAUCAUCUUAAUUAGUUUAUGAUAGCGAUUCAUUUAUUUUUUGGUCA